GUUACAUCCGCCACGUGGAUUGUCGCACGCGUAUACUAUUGUUGACAUAUGCUGAUUAGUAUUUUUCGGGAUGAAACUAGAUUUACCAUGCCAGCUAUUAACAAAUAUGCUCACAGAUAACGUUAUCUUAUCAUUAAUGCAUCUUCUUCUUUACAUUAAAAAUGAAACGAAAAGUACCGCCGUGAAGAUGGAUAUAUAAAGAAGCUGUACUUUAUCAUAAGAGCAUUCUGUAACAUACAUUGUUCAUUGUGACAUAAUGUUCCGAAAGUCUUUGCUAGUAGUUUUAUUUGUUUGCUGUGAGCAACUCAUAGCUCAAAAUGUUGAACAUUGUUACCAGCUACAAUGCAAUACGACAGUGUACAGUUCCUGCAGCAAGGUCUCCGUGUCUGGUGUGUAUAAGAUUCAACCAGAAAAACCUUUCAAAGAACCGAUGAGCGUACUGUGCGAUCAAGACUACGAAUCCGGAGGAUGGAUUGUGAUUCAACAUCGCUUUGACGGAUCGACGAACUUCUAUCGCAACUGGCAAGAGUACAAAAAUGGAUUUGGAAAUCUGGAUGGGGAAUUCUGGUUGGGUUUGGAUCGCAUUUAUCAUCUGACAGUUUCACGUCCACAUGAGCUGGUAGUCCUUCUGGAAGAUUUCGAAGGGGGGAAAAAGUUUGCUCGAUAUGAUCAUUUUGAAAUUGGUGACGAGAGCCAAACAUACAAUCUUACCAAAGUGGAUGGAUAUUCGGGCACGGCCGGUGAUUCGUUAGCAAUGUCGAAAGGAAUGAAGUUUUCUACCAUCGAUUCGGAUAACGAUACAUCGAAGGAAAGCUGCGCAAUAUAUCACACUGGUGCAUGGUGGUACGCGAGUUGUCAUAAUAGCAAUCUUAACGGCAAGUACUUGCAUGGAGUGACGGCAGAAUAUGCCACCGGGAUGGUAUGGAGAACAUUCCGUGGAUUUAACUAUUCACUGAAAUCAGCAAAAAUGAUGAUAAGACCCAAAGUUGCUUAAGCUGGAGCUACUACAAAAGCUGAAACAAAAUGAAGAUGUACAAAAAAUAAACAAUUU